CGUGCUAGCCGGGCUCGCGGCCAGUCCUCCGGCUCAGCGCGCCCCAGCCAGCCAUGCGUCCCGCGGCCGCCCCGGCGCCCGAGUGGCUGCUCCUCGCGCUGAGCGCGCUGCUGCCGCUGUGGCUCACAGCCGGGGCCUGGGAGCUCACGAUCCUGCACACCAAUGACGUGCACAGCCGGCUGGAGCAGACCAGCGAAGACUCCACCAAGUGCCUCAACGCCAGCCAGUGCGUGGGCGGCGUGGCGCGGCUCUUCACCAAGGUGCAGCAGAUCCGCGGCGAGGAACCCAACGUGCUGCUGCUGGAUGCCGGCGAUCAGUACCAGGGCACCAUCUGGUUCACCGUUUACAAGGGCGUCGAGGUGGCCCACUUCAUGAACAUCCUGCGCUAUGAUGCCAUGGCACUGGGAAACCAUGAAUUUGAUAACGGUGUGGAAGGACUGAUUGAUCCCCUCCUCAGAAAGGUCACAUUUCCAAUUCUGAGUGCAAACAUUAAGGCCCGGGAGCCGCUAGCACAUCAAAUAUCCGGACUUUAUUUGCCAUAUAAAGUUAUUCCUGUUGGUGAUGAGGUUGUGGGGAUUGUUGGAUACACUUCAAAGGAAACCCCCUUCCUCUCAAAUCCAGGGGCAAAUUUGGUCUUUGAGGAUGAAAUCACUGCCCUGCAGCCUGAAGUAGAUAAACUAAAAACCCUAAAUGUGAACAAGAUCAUUGCACUGGGACACUCCGGCUUUGAAAUGGAUAAACUCAUUGCUCAGAAAGUGCGAGGCGUGGACGUCGUGGUGGGGGGGCACACCAACACCUUUCUUUACACAGGAACUCCACCUUCCAACGAAGUGCCUGCUGGGAAGUAUCCAUUCAUAGUCACCUCUGAUGAUGGGCGGAAGGUUCCUGUGGUCCAGGCCUAUGCUUUUGGCAAAUACUUAGGCUAUCUGAAGGUUGAGUUUGAUGAUAAAGGAAAUGUCAUCAGUUCAUAUGGAAAUCCCAUUCUUCUGAACAGCAGUAUUCCUGAAGAUGCAACCAUCAAAGCAGACAUUAACCAAUGGAGGAUAAAGUUAGAUAACUAUUCUACCCAGGAACUGGGAAGAACAAUAGUCUACCUGGAUGGCUCCACUCAGACUUGCCGCUUCAGAGAAUGCAACAUGGGCAACCUGAUCUGCGAUGCUAUGAUUAACAACAACCUCAGGCACCCAGAUGAAAUGUUCUGGAACCACGUGUCCAUGUGCAUUUUAAAUGGAGGUAGCAUCCGAUCCCCCAUUGAUGAGAAGAACAAUGGCACAAUCACCUGGGAGAACCUGGCUGCCGUGAUGCCCUUUGGAGGGACAUUUGACCUGGUCCAAAUAAAAGGUUCCACCCUGAAGAAGGCUUUUGAGCACAGUGUGCAUCGCUAUGGCCAGUCCACUGGGGAGUUCCUGCAAGUGGGUGGAAUCCAUGUGGUGUACGAUAUUUCCCGAAAACCUGGGAACAGAGUGGUGCAACUAGAGGUUCUUUGCACCAAGUGCCGAGUGCCCAUUUAUGAGCCUCUGGAAAUGGAUAAAGUGUAUAAAGUGACCCUCCCAAGCUAUCUGGUCAGUGGUGGAGAUGGAUUCCAGAUGAUAAAGGAUGAAUUAUUAAAACAUGACUCUGGUGACCAGGAUAUCAGUGUGGUUUCUGAAUACAUCUCAAAAAUGAGGAUAGUUUACCCAGCCAUUGAAGGGCGGAUCAAGUUCUCUGCAGGAAGUCAUCACCAGGGAAGCUUUCCUUUAGUAAUUCUUUUGUUUUGGGCAAUGAUCCUUGUUUUUUGCCAAUAGUGGGAAGUCUCCUUGUCCUUGAUGUCAAACUACAUUUUUCUUCCAGUGACAUUCAAAUCUGCCUCUGGAGGACGUGGCUUUGUAACUGCACUCACCACCCUCAAGCCUCCUAGCUGAUGCUCAGAGUGCUUCACAAGGAAGAGACUAUAGCAUCAUUUCUCGGGGCCAGCAACUCAGUGAGCAGAUAGAAAGUCAAAGUGCACCAACAGGGUCCUUCUCGGGGGUGGGAGUGGGGGUGGAGAAGAAAACAACUAGGUAUGGUUUACAUAUCCACAUAACACAAUUUCUUGUCUUUGAGCCACAAAAAUCAUUUUUCAGUUUCUAUUCAUUUCUAAUCCAUCAGUCAACUAAUGUUUACACAGAACUUUAUCGUUGCCAGCUAUGGUGGCACAUGCCCCUAGUCAUAGCACUUGGGAGGGAGAGGAUAGCUGCAAAUUCCAGGCCAGCCUGACCUAUGUACAGUUUCUGGCCAGUCAGCUAGAAAUCAAGAUUCACACAAAGAAACAAACAAACGAAAAACAAAACACUAUAAUUUAUAAGGAGGUUUUAAUAGAUGUGUUGUGAUAAGUUAAGCAAAAAAGGUUGAUUUGUUCAAGGCCCAUACAUGCCCAAAUGAUAAAUCUACGACUUAUACCUAAGUCUUUUGUCCUCAAAUCCAAUAAUCUCUCCUACAUCAAGUCUCUUUUCUUCUUGCCUAUGGCCCUGGAUGACAAAUCUCUGGUUUGUUUCUACCCUCCAUACUUUCUUCUGGGCUCCUGCUGUCUAUCAAGUUUGAGAGACUGAAUACUGGACAGAACUCUUACACCACCACCAUGUGCCUUUGAUGAAUGAUUGACAACUGUAUAAAGCAGGUUAUAGAUUAGUUCAGGGACUGUAAAAGGCAGUCAGGAGGCAGAGAAGAAAGGGAAAGGAGGAUAUGACCGGGACUGAUAACGUUCCAGAAAGAGAGGAUGGGCAUUUAGAGAUGUGCUACAUGAGCACUUGCUAAGGAACAGAGCUUAACUCCAAAACAGAACACUGGUUCUUGCUAACUCUUGUGAGAUUCCUAAAAUCCCACCUCUCUUUCUCCUUCCUUCUUCCUCAUAUGGAGGUGUCAUGACAGAACUUUCUGAAAUAAACUAUAACUCUAAACCUGUACCUGUCCUUCCCAAGAUGCCGAUACAGCUCUCAUUCUAGUCACACCAUGGACAUUAUUGAAAAAUUCAAUGUUCUGGAAGGCAGGGGUGAUUUUGAGAAGUGAUGUACAUAAAUGUUUGAAGUCACUGAGUCUCAAAUCCCAAGCAACUACUGACAGGUGACACUUAAAUCAAGAUAUGAAAGGACCAACAGGACAGUGAGCCUUAUGGGAUGCCCAAGAGAUACCCAGACCAAUGAGAUAAUCUCUGCCCACAGAACACCUGACUAAGAAGGUCCUGUGACCAAGCGAACAAGGUCAGCACUGCAUCAGUAAUCAAGAAAUGGGAGCCUUCACCAUAACCACAAAACAGCAGCUAGAUGUUGGAACAGGAAAUGUAUUUGUUUCCUAGUGUUUACAAAUAUUAAGUACUCAUGACACAAAACACUUUAGGAUUUCCAAUCCUUUUAUGGAGUUUGUUGCAGUGAAACAAUUCAUUCAGUUCUAUGAAUAUAUAGAUUAGUUAGAAAUGUCAAUAAGACUGUAAAAAUUAAAGGUGUAUUUGAUGUAUAUUUUUAUGGUUUGCCAGUAAACAAGAAGAAAUCUGAUUUCAGUGUGAUUUUUAAAAAUAUUUUAUAAUUUUUCUAAAUAAGUGUAUAUCUAUGUUUUAUGUGGCAGGAUUGAGAAUGACCUUGGACUCCUUUAUAAUUGUAAAUUCCAAAUAAUAAAGCUGAAGAUACA